AUGGCUGAGGAAAUAAUUCAUGUAGUGAUGCUUCCAUGGUCUGCAUUUGGCCACUUUAUGCCAUUUUUCAAACUUUCAAUAGCCUUAGCCAAAGCAGGUGCUGAAGCAACUAUGGACAUUCCAUUUGAUAAGAUUCAGUACUUAGAAGAAGCAUAUGAUCAACUCCAGCAUCCGGUGAGAAAGUUAGUAUCCAAUUGGUUACCUAAUUGGAUAAUAUGUGAUUAUAAUCCUCAUUGGAUUGUGGAGAUUGCGCACGAGUUUCGUGUAAAGCUAAUAUAUUAUUCUGUUGUUUCGGCCGCAACAUUAGUGUUCCUUGGACCACCAAGUAACACGAUGAAAUCUCGAUUCUCGCUGGAAAGUUUAACCUCACCACCGAAAGGGGUGACGUUUCUGUCAUCGGUAAAGUUUAACCUCACCGUCGAAAUGGGUGACGUUUCCGUCAUCGGUUGCUUAUAA